UUUUGAACCCAAACUGAACUACUUGGUGGUGAUUGUAACAGCAGAGGUGAACCUGGUGAAUUUAGCAGAUUUAAUCAAAGAUGGCAAAACAGGGGGUAUCAAAACCAAAGGUGAUUUCAUCAGGCAGGCUGACAGGCUCUGGACGUGGACAGAUACACAAGAAAAGGGUUGCUGGGCGCUGUGUUCCUCCUCUUGAACCUGCAUAUUCUCUUUAUUCUACAGACUCUGAAGAUCAGGUGACGACGAUACACAAGGGACUCGACCGAUGUGCUGCUUUACUCAGUGGGAUACUUCAAGCUGAACAAGCAGAAUCAAAGCCCAAACCACAGGUAACAAAAACCUGCACCUUCAAAUCCAAACCCAAGAAUUUAUUAAGAAAAAUUGAAACUGACAAGAAAAGGCAUGGGAAGAAGACAAACACAGCUAUACAUGCAAACAAAAGGCCAGCUCCAGUGCAGAAGACGUUUGCAUCUGCCAGUUGUCACCUGAGUUCAGCAGGGCACUGUGAUCAGAACUCUGGGAACAGACGGGCACAAGUGUCACAGGAUCAUCCUUCAGGACUGACCCCUGUAACGCAAGCAGAACACGAACAGCAAAACUCACUUCCACUGGCCUGCUCUCAGCCUGCUGCUAGCUGUAAUAUUCCACCUUUGGAUCAGGUUCACACAUCCACUGUAUUUAACUGUCGGCUGACAACAUCCACACCUGUACUGAGCCCUCAGAGACCUGGAUCAGUUCACAAUGAACCUUGUACUUCAAAGUGUGUGCUGAGCAGUGGUAGCUCAUCUGGGGCGUCAUCUGCCACCCCAUCCUGCCCUCAUGGCUCUGUAGAAAUGUCUGGCAUCCCAACUCAAUAUGCUGCUGCUUUCUCCAUGCCUCCUGCAGUCCAACAACAGUCUCCAGCUACUGUAUCUCCUGUCCAGAAUCGAUCCUGCACUCCAGUAGGGCAUGGGGUACCUAUAAUCACUGGCCCAAUCUGCAGUGUUAAUCAUCAGGUGGGAUUUGUAGGGCCAGUUGUCCCUUUGCCAUCAUCCACUGGGUCAUCAACCUGUCCCUCAUCUGCAGUGCUGGCAACACAGGUGCCCAACCAGUCCCAGGUCAGCCAGUCUCAACCUAACCCAAAUCAACCAGUACUGCUUGUUUGCAAUGACCAGGAGCAGGAGUUAUGUUCUGAAGAAAGUUCAAAAGAGGGUGGUACUAAUGCAGAGAAAGACCAAAAAGAUGGGUUGGACAUUACACCUUUCAGAGACAUUAGCUGUGAGACCAGCAAUGAGAAAUUAACAAUUCUGAGUCACAAAGCCAAACCCACCAGUCCAGAGAAAACCUCACAGAAGGUGAUGACUGUUAAAUACCUGCUGGGAGAGCUGAAGACUUUAGUUGCUAAUCAAGACAGUGAUGUUGUGCGGCUGUUCUCUGAGGUGGAGCAGAGGAUCUCACUGCUUCCUGUCAUGGUGGGCAGCACUAACAUCCAGGCUGAAAUCGCGCUCGCCUUACAGCCACUCAGGAGUGAGAAUGUACAGCUGCGAAGGCGUUUGCGAAUACUCAAUCAGCAGUUAUUAGAGAAAGAGAGAGCAGAACGACAGAACAGGCCGAAGACCUGCGAUAUGGAGGUGGUUGCGUUGCAGUCUCUGAACCUCACUCUCCAAACUCAGUUAAAUGAGAGCCGUAGAGAGCUCGAUGAUCUGCAACAGGGGAACAUGAGACUACGGAAAGCCAUGGAGGACAAAGACAAUGACCUGAAGCAUCACAAGGAAUUGUAUGAGUUAGAGAACAACCGGCUAAGACUGGAGGUGAGUGAAGCAUUAGCUGAAAUGCAGAAUUGCCAGAGUAAACUUGGAAAGUAUGAGAUUGAGAAGACUACACUGACUUUGAGCCUUCAGCAGAGGGAGGCAGAGAUCGGCAGACUGCAGGAAGUCAUCAGAAAUCUGCAGAGAAGUCAAACAAAAGACACCAGCAAAUAUUCAAAUCAGCUGGAUUUACGUCAACCAAACUCUCAGCUUACCAGGAGUGUUCUGGAAUUGCAUGAAAAUGCACAGAGGGAGACCGCUGUGUCAGAUAAACUUUCAAACUCUGUAAAGACCUACCUUCAGAACCUGGAGGCCAUCGAACAGGCCUCCCCUCCCCACCGAAUUGACUGUAGGCCCCAGACAUUACAACCAGCCUCCCCUGUUCAGAUUGAUGGUGGAAAAGAGAACUUUAUGCCAUCAGAUACUAAAGUCUGCUCUCCAUAUAUGUACAAACCAACCCUGGAAACCAUAGCUGAGAAUGUGGCUCAGUUAGAAGAGCAGAAAAGAACAACGUUUGCCCCUUUAAGAGAGACCCCAGUGGUGCAACUUGCCUCAGAAGUUGCUUAUAGUAAUCCACUCACUCAGUGUAAUGAGCUGAUAACAGCCAAGAAUCAAAGGGAAGAUGUGGAUGCUCACGUAAGCCUGAAAUAUAUAGGCUGUGCUUUUGAAAAGCUGGACAUCUCAGAUUCAGACAUUCAGGAUGUGAAGAAUGACGGCCGAGAUUACAUUGUAGAUCAUCAUGGUAGGGCCUUACAGUUGAAUUCGAAAAAUAAGGGCCCAAACAAUCAGCUGGUGCAAUCCCAACAUGCCCGUCGAUGCCUAAGGAUGGGUGUUCAGUCAGCAUACACCGGACACCCUUCAGUGUUGGAGAACACCUUUUCCUCUUGUGAUAUUAAAUCUUUAGCCUCUGAUUGGAGCAUAAACUCCUGGUCCACAUUUAACACACAGGAUGAGCAGAAUUUCAGGGAAGGGCUUGCAGCACUCGAUGCCAGCAUAGAAAGUCUGCAGAAGACUCUGAAAGUUGAUCUAAAGAAAUGAUUCAGUAUUUCAGUGUGUGCUAAGUGUAUUGUGCUUUUAUUUGAUUUUAUGUAAUAAGUGGAUGUUUUUUUUAUGUGUCUUAAUUU